AUGUCGAACAACGUGGAAAAGACAGCUGUUGUUCCGGAUGAUGAUGAGCCGGAUGAUUGGGACAAGCGGAUCUUCAGCACAGGCUGCCAUACUGAGCAGGAUAAGAUGAACGACUGCUACUAUGCAAAGAAGGACUGGCGCGAAUGCAAAAAAGAGAUGGAAGCUUUCCGCGAGUGCUGGAAGCGUCAGGGCAACGACCAGCGAACACAAACCAAAGACGCAUAA